AUGUACUCAACAAAUAAUUCAACAGAUUCAGUGUCAAAUUUUAGUCAAAAUAAUAAAAGUAUUGUCCAUUUUAUUACUGCUUCACCAAGAAAUGGUCAUGACUUUUUAAUUGCUAAAAAAAUUACACCUCCUCAAUCUUCUCAAAGAAAUGAAAAAAUUUUAUAUAAUAGAAGUAGUAUAAGAGGAAAUUCUAAUUUUCAUUCACCUGAUGUGUCUUCAUUAGAGUAUAUGCUUAAUAGAACUGAUGACAAUAGAGGAUAUCAAUUUACUAAACAUAUUUUAAUAUUACCUCAAGCAAAUAAAUCUAUUAGAUAUAAUCAUGAACCAAGAUUUCAAGGUCAAAGAAAUUUACAUCGAAUUAGUAAAAAAAGUUUUUUGUUGAAACUUUUUCAAUUUUUAAUAAAUUGGGAUGUCAUAAAAAAAGAAUCUAAAAGAAAAACACCUAUAACAUGGACAUUAAUUUUAAUGAUAUCAUUAUUAUUUACAUUAAAAUGUUUUACUUCACAAUUUAGGCCAAUUUUAAUGCCAAUAGAGUCUACUUAUAAUGAUAGUAAUAAUCAAGAUCCAUAUGAAGAAGUUCAAUUAAAUCAUUUAAAAAUUCUACCAUCUUGGUAUUUAUCAAUAACAACAAUAGAUAUGGUACAAACAUUUGCACUAUAUUAUCCAUUAAUUAACAAGACAAAAUAUGUUACUGAAGUUUUUAAUUAUACAAAUAAUAGAGAAAAAGGAAGUCAAUGUUGUGAUGAUUUAAAAUAUAAUGUUUCUUAUCAGACAAUUGUUGGUGUUAAAUGCCUAGGAAGAGAUAGUAAACAUCUAAUUAAAAAUAGAUAUUUAUUUGAUGGAAAUUUGUGUGGAAUUGAUCCAUUACAUUGCCAUCAAAAUGAUAAAGAUGAUUAUAGUUUACCAAAAAAUGUUAUUAAUUAUCCAAUUGAUAUUACUUGUGAUUAUCUAUCUGAAUCCAAUAGAAGAUUUGAUGAAAUUGUAAUGAAUAUUCCAUAUAAACCUUGUACUUUUGGUAUUCAUGGAAGAUGUGAAUUAAUGAAUGAAAAUAAAUGUAAUUGGAUUGGUGGUUAUUAUCAUAUUGAAGCACAUUUAUGUUCUCAAGUAGAUGGAAUACAAGAUUUAGUAUUUUUAGGAAAUGAUUGGAGUGUUAUUUGGAUGAAUCGUUAUUUCUCUAAUUUCUGUUGA